AUGUGUGUGGAUAGUCGAGCCGUCAACAAGAUCACAAUACAGUAUCAAUUUCCUAUUCCUCAUCUGGAGGACAUGUUGGACCAAUUAUCAGGAUCUACCGCUGUCUCCAAAAUAGACCUUCGCAGCGGGUAUCAUCAAAUUCGGAUCAAGGAGGGAGAUGAAUGGAAGACUGCAUUUAAGACUAAGGAAGGGUUAUACGAGUACUCGGAAGGAAUUCAUAUUGAUGAUAAAAAAAUUGAGGCCAUCCGAAACUGGCCUAUUCCUAAGAACAUAACUGAAGUUCGCAAUUCUCAUGAUUACGAUGCUUGUGGGAUCGAAAUUGGUGGUGUUUUAUCUCAAUUUGGAAAGCCUAUUGCAUUCUUUAGUGAGAAAUUGAAUGAAGCUAGACAGAGGUGGUCUACUUAUAAGAAAGUGAGCAAGAUGCGUGCGCAUUGGGCAACUUACUUUGGUGCCUUUCAUUAUGUCAUUAAGCACAAAUCGGGUACUUGUAACACGGUAGCAGAUGCUUUGAGUAGGAGAGCAGCUUUGUUGAUUACAAUUAGACAGGAGAUUGUGGGGUUUGAAUUUCUUAAAGAUCUUUAUGCUUCGGAUGAUGAUUUUGCUGACAUAUGGGCUAAAAUUAAUGCUAAACAGCCUGCCGAUGGUUUCUUAGUACAUGACGGGUAUCUCUUUAAAGAAAAUAGGCUAUGCAUCCGACGGUCUUGCCACCGGGAAAAGUUAAUCCGAGAAAUCCAUGGUGGAGGAUUAAGUGGACAUCAGGGAUGGGAAAAAACUAUUGCGGGUUAG